AUGACCUCUGCUCGGCUCUCACCGGCGGCAAACCUGCUGCGCAACUCGAAGCUCUUCGCGCUGCCCGCAGCCGUCCCAUUACCGCCCGCAAAGCCUACCUCACAGCAAAUCUCGACCUCAGACACUGCAACAACCAUAUAUCCAACACAUGCGGCUGUUUAUACAACCUCGCAAUCCCUCAAGAAUGGCGAUUGGGGCCUGAAACGAGCUCUGCCCGGCAAGGCUUUCAGCAAGACUAGAACGCCAGUAAUUCGAAUACGAAACAGCAUCGACACAGCAGAGCACAUUGCCGAUUUCGAGUCGGCAGCUGAUCACGUCCAGACGCUGAACAAAUGGCAGGACACUGGUGUCAUGAUCGGAAACAGCCCGAUGCCAUAUAAGGGGACAUAUCACAGUGCAUUUGCUUCGAACGUUGACAACACGACUGUUGAUUCAUCUGCGCUCUCAGAUCCUCGAAUCGGUGCAUCAAACGGGACUGCCACAACGCACAUAGCUUGGAGUAAUGCUCACAGAGGCGUCUACAACAGUGCAUACCGGAGCAACACGCAAGAGACCGAUGCGGCGCCGCCUAAUCAAAACACGUGCCUUCCUUCAAUUGAGGAGACUCUGGAGCAAUUCGAGGAGGAUCAGAAAAAUGAAGCCAUUGCGAAGGGUCACGACCCGCCUAUCACGCCGCAAAGCUCACCACAAGUCCGACCACCGUCCAAGAGGUGGCGAUACAAUGGCCCAUGGCUCGCAGGUCUCAGCAAUUUGGACUUUGAGCAGUUCAUGGAGAAAGUUGACGACAAGACCAUCGCCGCAUUUCGCAGGCAUCUCACAAAGGGCAUCAGAGCACAACGUCAGAAGGACUAUGCUGUGGUCCGUGACAGAGCAAAGGCAAAUCAAGAAGAGCUGCCGCCCGAACCGUCCAGCGACGUCUCUGAAUCUGAAAUAGACGCACGUCUACAAUUCCUGCGACACAAGCCGAACGACUUCGGACCCGAAAUCGCCACGUUCUUCGAUCUUCCCACUGGACCGCGUGAAAACCGCAAUGACGGCCGGUCAGAGUACCUAUACCCUCCCAACUCGACGGGAGCAUCAGAAAAUUACCAGAACUUUGGGCUGCCACGAACACAUCCAUCAGCAGGCUUCUCAUACCUGCGCUCCGCCCGGUAUGCACGUAUGAGUCCACAGCGCGGACCGAUGAACCCCAACGCUCCUAUGCCUGCUCGUGUGCUCAAAGAUGUGCACAGCAGAGACACCUCCGAGAAGCAGUCUCUUGGUGUUGGCGGUUUCGUCGUCCGCCUUGGCAAUGUUGGAGGCUCGGGCAAAGUGCGACUCGCCUUCCAAGCUACCGCUGGUGGCAGGCGGCUGGCGACGAAAUUCAAGGACGCAUCCGUGCUGGCUGACGGAUCACUUGAGAUUGGCGUCGACUCAAUAGGCGACCUUGACGUACGUUUGGACGGCGACAACAUGCCGUACUUCCGUGACGAUUUUGAGAAGGCAACACAGGUAGAAUCCGCCCCCAACCGGCUUCCCGAGAUGGAUUCAUAUGGUGUGCCCACGUACAAGAAAGCACAAAGGUUGAGGAACGACGAUCCGGAUGUGCUCCAAGAGCUCUUCUCAGGGAUGAGAGGAAAUGGAGUGUCAUAA